AUUAACAAUAACAUGUUUUGUUGACCAAAUUCGACACUCAUUUCCUCCAUACAAAAUUCCUCACUCGUGCGUGGGCUUACUUUCGUGGACAGAUUUUGGGCUGAGUAAAACGUCUCGCUUCGCCUCUUUCUCUGGUAUUUAUUGCAAUUCACACUCCGAGCUGUGAAAGGCAGCAGUACGUAAUAACGUGUCUAGUCUGCCGAAAAACCACACGAAGAAGAAACGGUAUCUCUGGAAACAGCCAACACUUUCAACCAUUCCGCCAGUAGCCUUCUCUCGCAGUCAGUUUUUUUUAUUUUGUAUCAACCAUGUCUUUCGAACUAGCCUUUCGUUCUCGUGUUGCGUCCAUUAUGGAAACUUUGACAGCAACAGCCUUGCAAGACAUCUGUCAAUUUAUGGGAGAAACGUAUGCUGCUCUUCGAGUGGAAAUGUUGCAUGAACAAAACCAAAGUUCGAGGACAGAAUUGCAGGCGAUGGAGAAUAGCAUCGGGAAGGAGAAGCCAGCGAACAGGAUGGAGAUCGUUCAAAAAGACGCCCCCUCACCAGGUUUCAGAAACUUCCCAGUUGUGGAGCAAAUCCUCAAUGAACAAGAGGCCAAUGGUCUUUGGCUAGAAGGUGACCCUACUGUGGAACACGAAGGUCCACAGUCACUGGUACCAGAGGAAGAACAGCCAUCACAGGCUCUUAGUCAGAUGACUGAAAAGGGGGUGGAGACAUGGUCAGCACCACUGGUCAUUAAACAGGAGGAAACGGAUGAUGAUGAUGACAUGGAGUCUCAAGGUUACAGUGAGUGGAUUCCAGAAACUCACAAGGCCAACCAGAAUAUCACAGGAGAAAGUGAUGAGGAAGAGAGAAGUCAAGCCUCUGGGGGAUCCAAAGAACUUGGAGUCGAGGUCUUCAAGAGAGAACAGAGUCAGUUGCUGGUGUCAACUGAGGAUCCUCCGGCACCCGUAAAGAAGAAGAAAUAUAAGACAAGGUACACCUGUAAAAUAUGUGGGAAGACUGGGACCAAGAAAUGCAUGACAAGUCACAUGAUAACACACCCAGGGACUUUUAGUUGUGAUAUCUGUGGUGAGAAAUUCAAGCAUCAGAUCGGCUUGAACAAGCACAAGCGACUCAAACACAGUGUGAAAACCUACAGUUGCUCUGUGUGCGGAAAGAUGUUUUUAUAUUCUAAACAGCGCGACAACCAUGAGCGCAAACACAUUGGAGAAGACUACUGGUGCUCAGGCUGUGACAAGACGUUCAAGGAGCGCCAGGAUCGUGACAAUCACGAGUGCAUUGUUUACAAGGGAGGACGGCCCUUCAGCUGCUCCGAGUGUAACGAAGACUUUCAAAGGCAGUACCAUCUCAAAAAACACCAGCUGGAAAAACACCCUCUAUUGGUGGAGCAGACUGUCAGCUGUAAACCCACUUGUUCUGUGUGUGGAAAAGUGUUCAUGUACAUCAAAUGGUUAAUCAGGCAUGAGCGCAUUCACAGGGAAAAAAAUGAGCGCAGGGAUCGUGACGCGCACAAGUCCAUUGUUGAAGAUCCUAUCAACGAACAACUUGAGUCAAAGGACCGAGAGGGUCAGUUUGAGUCAGCUGAGAGUUCUGAGGCACCCAUAAGGAGUGAACCGAUACGAUAUACCUGUGAGAUAUGUGGAACAACUUGGGCGACUAAAAGUAACAUGCGCUGUCACAUGGUAAUACACAGAAAGAUGCACUAUACCUGCGAUGUCUGUGGCAAGGUAUUUAGGCUCAAAUCCCCUUUCACCAUACAUCAGCUCAGACACAAGGGAUUUAAAAAUCAGUACCAGCUUAAAAAACACCAGCUUGAAAAGCACCCUUUAAAGGUGGACCAGCCAUGUUCUAAUCAUGAUACUGCCGUGGUAGUUCAGGGAGCACAGCCUUCUAUUGACAGUGACCUAAAGACAGAUAUGAGUGCCCUAGAUGGUCAAGUUCAGGUCCCACAGCCUGAGUUGAACAAUGAUCACAGUAACAAUGUCAAAAUCUACAUGAGUGUUCCUAUAGAAGUCGAGGAAGCACAGCCUACGCAUGAAAAUGGCUGCUCCCUUUUGGUCCCCACUGUCGAUGACAAGUUAAAUGGCUUCAACUGAAUGAAGUUGUUUUGUAAAGUACGAAAAGGAUAGACCUGAAUAAAGGGGUGACAGAUAGUGGGGAAAUAGUAUGUAGAACAGUGAUGGGACUGGAAUUCGAUGGGACUGGCUGGGGAUUACAUAUGCACAGAGGGCGGUGGCCUUCACUGUCAUUCUUUCUUCAGGCACCUAGAUAAUUUGUUUUUUAAGCAAUUGUUUUAUUCUAAUCCUCAUGCAAAUUUAUUUUAGGCUAUAUUUUGUUACUUGCAGUUUUCCUUUCAUGACAAUAAAACGUAUUUGAAUCUGGAGAGA